UGCUGUUUUAAGUUCAAGAAAGUUUUCCAAGGAGUCUUAGGUUUCAAGCAUAUCAUCAUGGUAGCCGAUGUUGGACAGACAGUGGUGAUACCGCAAUCGGAGAAACGGGAUGACAUUCGAAAGAGCAAUAAGCCGAUAAUGGAGAAGAGAAGAAGGGCGCGAAUCAAUAAUUGUCUCAACGAACUGAAGGCACUCAUACUGGACGUUAUGAAGAAAGACCCAGCAAGUCAUUCGAAGCUAGAAAAGGCGGACAUCCUCGAAAUGACCGUCAAGCAUUUAGGCGGGUUACGAUCCGGCGCGCCGGACAGGUUCCGCGCCGGAUACCGGCGUUGCCUGACGGAGAUAGCCCGGUUUCCGGGGCUAGAUGUAGAAUUAAGAAGGAAACUAUUGAAACACUUGGAAGGAUUGGUGCCGGGAACAAGGCUUGUCAAUCCUAGUCAUACGUCGGAUAUUGAAGACGUCCCUCCGUCUACAGUUUUAAUAUCUGGCUCUGGAGUUCACCUAGUCCCAACACGUCUACCCAAUGGCGACAUCGCGUUUCUCCUCCCAGCCAACGUGAACGCUAACACAUUAGGAUCUUUAAGAGCUGCUGUAGGGACACCGUCCCUAACACCUUUCAGAGACCCUUGCUUCUCACCUGCCAGUUCUGUAGGGUCCCCACGCCUUGCGGACGUUGACCUUGCAUUAGUUGUGAGAAAAACAGAAGAUAAACCGUGGAGACCUUGGUGACGGCUAGUUAAACGAGUGAAGAUGCUUCUGUCACACCUCGGACACUGG